AUGGAAGCCGUUUCUCUCGAUUCUCUUCAAGCCAUCUCGACAUUUGCAUCAUCUUGUGACGACAUGUACAAGGACCUUCGUUCGCGUCCAUCUACCACCACCAUCAAGAGUUUCCGUAUGGACAAAGAUUUUGAAUAUUCCAUGAAGGGUAUGGAGAAAGAAGUCAAGCAGGCUUCGCCCACGCGGCUAAGUUCCAAUAUUCUUUCAUCGUCAUCAGCAGCACCUUCUUUAGACAUUCCUUCGGAAGAAACAGUGGAUCCCAUCUGGGGACAGCGAUACGAGACCCAACCAUCACUAUCAUCAUUUUCGUCAUCCAAGCGCAGUCAUCUACAAAGCAAUAAAAAGAAGGGGAAAGGAAAGACGAAGCUUUCCAAGUUUGGUCAAUAUUCCGCCGUCGUGGCCAAUAACAACAAGAAAAAGUCCAGCAAGAAGAAGAUGAGUAUGCCGUUGUCCGAGUUGAAGCUCAAAGAGGUCCAACUCAUAUCGACUCUUGGAAAGUUGAGGGGAAACAGCCCUGACAAGGGAGUUUCCGUUACUUUUGGUGACAUUACUCCUAUUGUGGAAAAGCACAGCCGAAAGAACGUUCCAAUAAAGAACCCAGCCGCAGAAGAUUCCUCGGACAAUGAGAGCAUUGACACCAGUAGUUCAAUUGGAACUUCUUCGACUGCUGAAUCCAGCCAAUAUGACGAAGAAUUGGCAACUGUCUUGAGCCGCAUUCAACUUGCUACAACCCAACCAUCCGUGAGCUACAAAUUUGGUGAUGGUCUUUCAGAUUGUGAUCUAGUGGACGAAGUUGUGAAUAUUGAUGUGCCCGGACCAGAAAAAGAAGAAACAAAAGAGUUUGUGCAACAGCCACAGGCGGAUCAUCUUCUUGCAGUACAAGAAGAGUCUCUGAGAAAAGCUAUGGAGCGACAGCGCAAGAAGGAAUCUUCUUUGUUUUGGUAA